AUGUCUGGAAAGCUCGACCAGUCUUUGGACGAAAUCGUCUCAACCCAGCGCCGUGCCGGCGGUAAAGGUCGUCAAAACCCACGCCGAUCAACCAGACGAACAACAACUGCUCCCGUCGGUGGCGUUCAGAAGACGUCAAGGCAGCCUCGCACUGCGGCGGCCAAGCAGAUUCCUGCUAAGGCAACUGCUAACGGAGAGAGCAAGGUGGUUGUCAGCAACCUACCCAAAGAUGUGAACGAAAGCCAAAUAAAGGAGUAUUUCGCGACCUCGGUUGGGCCUAUCAAGCGUGUGGAGCUCUCCUACGGCCCUAACAGUGUCAGCCGUGGCAUUGCUACCGUCACCUUCGCCAAAGCUGAUGGUGCCAGUAAAGCUUUCAACGCUCUCAACGGUCUUCUCGUUGAUAACCGACCGAUCAAGAUCGAGAUUGUGGUCAGCGCUGCUAAGGCUGCGGAGAUAGCGCCUCCCGCUAAGACCUUGACCGAGCGUAUCACUCAGCCCAAGGCUCAACCCAAGUCAGCGGCAAGCGAUAAGAAAGAAGCCGGCUCGAAAGCUGCUGGUGCAGGUGCCCGUGGGCGUAAGCGCCGUGGACCCCGUAACAGCCGCCCAGCUAAGAAGACAGCUGAGGAGCUCGACUCUGAAAUGGCAGACUAUUUCGAAGCUGGAAACCAGAAUGAAAAUGCCAAUAACGCUGCCCCUGCUGCCGCUGGUGGCGACGCCCCAAUGGAGGACGAGAUUCUAGUAGUAAACGAAUCAGCUGAAAACUAGAUUGAUUUUUAGUUAGGACGGUGCCGCGUUACAUCAUUCCUCUCCUUCCGUCACUUGUACUGCAGCUUAACUUGACCUUAGUUUUUUUAGUUCUUUUUUUCUCGUUUUGACGUUUAGCAGUAGUAGCAGGGAUGGGCUUGCGUUUACGAGUUCCGCGUGGGUUCAGUCACCGAUAGAAAAUGCAUGAAUAGGGUUCAGGUAGUAAUUCGAGAAGAGGUUACACGAUACUACUCCCGAGUUUCGCCGUCUUCGCAAUGUGUAAGAUAAGGAGUCGAGCAGGUUCUCUCAUCUUAGUGGAUAGGUGGUAAUAUUGUUUAUGAUUUGAGAAAAAAUCUACUUUGCUCCGCACAUAAAAUAUAAAAGCAGAUAAGAAUGUAAUCCAGUCCAUUGUAACUACAAGUAUAAAAAACAAUGUCUGGAACUUCGGUUGUGUCAUUUUUAGUAUUGUUACUGUUUUCUGUGCUGACUACCUAAGGUACCUAGACUUGUUUCGAGGUCUACUUUAGAGUUGGGAUCCUUCUAAGAAGAAAUGGAAAAAGCCAAGCUAGAUCUAAGAUCUCACAUGCUCCAUGGCCCCAUGGUCCAAGCUUUCAUGAG